AUGGCGGACGAAGAAGAAGCAGAGCUUAGCGAGAAGCAGAAGAAAGAAAUAGCAAAGUGGUUCCUUCUCAACUCUCCUCCAGGAGAAAUCCAAUUCGUUGCCAAAGAUGUGAAGGCGGUACUGAACGACGACGUUUUGUACGAGGAGGCUGCGUCAGAGGCAUUCCCACUGUAUAACAAAUCCCACUUGAUUUCCCUCGAAAUGCCCGGUCGAAUUGGAGACGUUAUAGUUACAUCAUUUGGACAGCUCAAUGAGACUGAGUUCAUUGAUCCCAGGACUGCUCAAGUUGCUGUAGUUGACCACAUCAAACAGGUUUGUACAGAGGUGAGACCUGCUCUGGAUGAGGAGCUUCCAUCAGCAUAUGUUGAGGAAUUUCGGUGUGCUCUCGAUGCAGAAAUGCUUAAAUAUGUUGAUGAAGCUUAUCCAAAGGGAAUUUGCUCAGUGUACUGUGGCAAUGGUAAAGAUGUAGAGGGCCCAGGAUCUGACUUUGAGCUUGUAGUGGUGAUUUCAGCUGCUAGACAUAGCCCACAAAAUUUCUGCAAUGGUAGUUGGCGCUCGAUAUGGAGCAUUGAGUUCAAAGAUGAAUUACAAAUGCUGGAAUUGAGCGGCAAGCUGCAGGUGGGUGCGCACUAUUUUGAGGAGGGAAAUGUGCAAUUAGAUGCAAAACAUGAAUGCAAAGAUACAACAAUUUUUCAGUCCUCGGAAGAUAGUGCAAUUGCCAUAGGCAACAUUAUUCGCCAACAUGAGACAGAGUACUUGUCAUCUCUCGAGGAAUCCUAUUCAAACUUGCCUGAUACCACUUUCAAGGAUCUUCGAAGAAAGCUUCCAGUUACCCGCACCUUAUUUCCAUGGCAAAAUACGUUGCAGUUCAGCUUGACAAGAGACAUUACAAAAGAACUUGGCAUCGGAAAGUGA